AUGUGCUGCUACCCUUCUGCCCCUCCUAUUGUGCCUAUUUCUCCCCGUCUCCCUCCACCCGCGCACCACCAGAAGCAAGGAGCCAACCCAGCAGGCCCCGUCCUCCCGACCGUAAGCCGGCAAAGCUCAGAAGAAGGGAGCCAAGCCAGCAGCCCCGGUCCCCCCGGUGGUGUAGCUGGCGAAGCUCAAGGUGCAGGUGGAGGAGCUGUCGUCGCAACACGCACUGCUGCAUGGCAAGCUGGACUCCCUUCUUGCCGCCGCUGGGGGCGUUGCUGUUCCCGGGGUGAGGAGCGGUUGAAGGCGGCGCAGGAGAGGGUUGACGUGGUGGAGAAGGAACUGGCGGACAACACGGAGGUGCUGCAGCAGCUGCAGGUGGAGGUGGCCAUUGGUGGGGGGAGAGUCACAUCUGAUCCAGCAACAGCAUCUGGUGCAGCAGCAGAAGGCCCGGAGGCAACCACAGCAGCACUUGCCACACCCAACGAGCCUGCAGCAGUGAUGGUCGUUUUAUCCCCAGAUGAGCCUGCUGCAGUCGUCAUUCCCAAACCUAACGAGCCUGCAGUGGUGGUCGUACCAGCACCGAGCGAGCCUGUGGCAGUAGUUGCCCCAGCAGCACCGACUGAUUCCGUACCAGUACGAAACAAACCCGCGUCGGUUGUUUUCCCAGGCCCCUCUGAUGCUCCUGGCCCUGCUGCUGCUACUACUAUUGUACCAGCAGAAGGUGGGGCGGAGAACGCUGCUGCUGCUGUUGCUGCAAUGGGAGGGAAGGGUGGAGGGAAGGAGGGCGAGGAGGAGGCGGAAGGGGAGGGGGAGGAGGGGGAGGAGAAGGAUGAUGCUGACUUGGGUCCUCCAGAGGAUUACCCUGGGAAAGGGGAGCUUGGGGAGGAGGGAGAGGAGGAGGGAAAGGAGGGAGAGGAGGAGGGGAAGGAGGAGGGAGAUGAGGGAGAGAAGGGUGGGAGGAGGAUGGAGGAGAGAGGAAAGAAGGGGAGGUUGAGCAUGUUGGGAAGAAGAGUGUUGGGAUUGCAGGGGAGACAGAGGCGGGAGGUGAGGAGGAGGGUGGGGAAGGGGAUGAGGAGGAAGGAGAGGAGGCGGAGGCAGGGCAGGAAGGGGGAGGAAGGGGAGGAAGGGGAGGAGGGAGAGGAGGGGGAGGAUGAGCCACCAGCAACGCCAGGAGGCAUAGAUGUGGCAGAGGUUCAGCAAUGCGGUUUCGACCUGCCACCAGAGGCUAAGGCAUGGAAGCAGCGCUCUCUUGUGCACAUCACACCCAACCUGCACCUCUUCAGCGACCCUACAAGGACAGCAGUGCUCUGCUUUCAAGGCAACACGGCCAUCCCCCCUACUCAUCCACCCCUUUCGCCUCCCUUAAUACCUCCUCGGAGCACCUCGGCAGUGAGCACCUCGGCAGUGGUGCUGAGAUUUGAAGGCGACACUGAUUUCCCACCCUGUGGCGUCUAUCUCGAAGGCACUGCUGCUCAGCAUUCUCCCUUCCCCUCUCCCACGUCCCCACCUCCCCACUCUCCCCAUCGCUCCCCUCAGAGCACCUCGGCAGCGGUGCUGAGGUUUGAAGGCGACGCUGCCAUUCCUUCUACUCACCCACCCCUCUCCCCAUUCUCCUUUCCCCUGUCCCUCCUCCCCACCUUCCUGCUCCCCUACUCGCCCCCUCCUCAGAACACCUCGGCAGUGGUGCUGAGAUCUCAUCACCUUCGUUCCCCUUUUCCGUCCUUGUGCCCUUUGCAUCCCACUCUUCCCUCCUUCCAUCUUUCCCUCCCGGCCCUCACCCGUCCCCACAUCCCUCACUGUAUGCUCGCUCCUUCAAAAAAUGCAGCAUCUUCUAUAUCUUCCCUGCACCCGUUGUGCCCCACUAUCCCUCCCUUCCCCACAUAUUUCCACACCUCCCUCGCCCCUCCCCACGCCGCUCACCAUGUGCUCUGGCUGGACUACCACCGGGUGGCGGCGGGGGCGGCGAGGUUUGUCCUGUACCGACACAGCAAGAGCCACUGGCUUACGGAGCUGCGGCAGGCAGUGGGGGUAUAUGAGGAGAUGGGGAUGGCGGAGGUGACAGAUAUUGUUGGGGCGGAGAAGGAACAGGAGAAGGUGAGGAUGGCAAAGGGGUG